UGAUUUGUUGAAUGUGAAUUGGGGGGCUGGGUUCUGGAUUGAUUGAUAAAGUGUUUUUUCUGACCAAUCCGUGAAGGAAUUUGGUGGAGGAAGUGGGUUUGGCUUUGACCACUAUUGUUUUCCACUUUGAUUUCUGCCUGUUUUUUUCUGGGUUUUCUGCUUGGAUAGGAAAUCGGGAGAGGGGUUUCGGAAAAUAUCUCGUAAUCCCCAAUUGGAGGAAGGAUAAAGAAUAAGGAGUCAAUCCGGUUGUAGGGUCGUGUUUUAAUACAUCAUCAAACGUUGUGUUUGACUGAGGAAGGAAGUAGAAGGAUAUAAUAAAAGGGAGGGGGAUAACCAAACCAUUCUGUGAUUGGAGAUUCUGGGUUUAUAUAGAAUCAUUUGCAGGGGUGAUUUUUCUAUUAGAUGAGGAGGAUUGUUGGGAUGAGAUGAGGUAUGUUAUCGGGGUUGAUAAACUUUUUGAGGGGCUGUUUCCGGCCAGGCUCCGAUCGGUGUGUGGCCGCGGAUAUCAGGGGGCGGCGGGACGGGCUGCUGUGGUACAAAGACCGCGGACAACACUUGAAUGGUGAGUUCUCAAUGUCUGUGGUUCAGGCCAACAAUUUGCUUGAAGAUCAGAGCCAGAUUGAGUCUGGGAGUUUGAGUUCUCUUGAGUCUGGCCCCAGAGGUACAUUUGUUGGUGUGUAUGAUGGCCAUGGAGGUCCUGAGACUUCUCGGUAUAUCUGUGAUCAUCUCUUCCAGCAUCUCAAGAGAUUUACUUCCGAGCAAGAUUCGAUGUCUGGGGAAGUAAUACGCAAGGCAUUCCAAGCGACUGAGGAGGGCUUUCUUUCUCUAGUCCGAAGACAAUGGCCAACGAAUCCACAAAUUGCAGCUGUUGGUUCAUGCUGUCUUGUUGGUGUAAUCUGUAACGGGACUCUCUACGUUGCGAAUCUAGGUGAUUCACGUGCCGUUUUGGGUAGAUUAGGGAAAGCAACAGGUGAGGUUCUAGCCAUUCAGUUAUCAACGGAGCACAAUGUUUGUUAUGAGUCUGAGAGGCAAGAGCUGCAAUCUUUGCACCCUGAUGAUUCCCAGAUUGUAGUCUUAAAGCAUAAUGUUUGGCGAGUAAAGGGCAUCAUACAGAUUUCCAGAUCUAUAGGCGAUGUCUACUUGAAGAAAGCUGAGUUCAACAGAGAACCUCUGUUUUUGAAGUUUCGAGUUCGGGAACCCUUCAGAAGGCCGAUUUUGAGCUCUGAACCAUCCAUUUCAGAGACCCAGUUGAAGCCAGAUGAUAAAUUUAUUAUAUUUGCAUCAGAUGGGUUGUGGGAGCACCUUAGCAAUCAGGAAGCAGUCGAUAUAGUUCAUAACCAUUCUCGAAGGGGAAGUGCAAGAAGACUGGUCAAAACUGCUCUUCAAAUAGCUGCAAAGAAAAGAGAAAUGAGGUACUCAGACUUGAAGAAGAUUGACCGUGGUGUUCGUCGCCAUUUCCACGACGACAUCACUGUGGUGGUUGUGUAUCUCGAUACAAAUCUGCUCUACAAAGCGAGCUCUGCCAAGAGCUCGAGUGUCUCGCUACGAGGGGGUGGAGUCAAUCGGCUUCCUUCCCGUGUAGACGCUGGCAACUCCUGAUUGGAGUCAUUGGCAUGAAUCUUCUGCUGCAUUAUCCCCUAUGUGAAUAUUAAGUAGCUUCCAGUAGAGAGAAGAAAGAGUUGCAGGCACAUCAGCUCAUUGUUCUAGAUUCAAAACUCUCCACUGAAUCAUCUCAUGUAAAAGAAGAGUGAAUUUAAGAAGAGUGAUUCAAUCUGACAUUUAUUUGUGGGUUAAACCUUGUAAUGUAAUACUCUAUUUAACUCUGCCAGUCUGCCUGUUCCACCCCUUUGGCCAUUUUCAGGUCUGUAAGUUCUAUACUCACUCCCACUUGGAGAAAAUGCGACCAACUUUUGUAACUA